CACCCUGCCAUUGAGUUUGACACUCGUGUUGAAUUAGUUGUUCAAUAGAGACUGCAAGGGGCGCUGUGGUGUCUCGCAGCGAGACCGGAAAUCUCUGCCAUGACAACUGCACGCGCAGCUUUGAAAUCAACGUCGGGGAGGACGCACACUUUCUAAAACUAUGACGGGAAAUAUUCAUCAAAACAUUACAAUUUAAACAUUUUACACAUUUAUACAAGACCGCUUUUGAAAGACUGGACUUUUAGAGGUUAUUAUGGAUAUGUGGAAAGCAGAAAAGCUGAACGCACCGGCGGACUUCAUGAAAGCUCAAGAUGAUGGCGCAUCUGUCUGUAACCCCACUCCUCCUCUGAUGACACCUGCUCAGUUUACUGGGGGUCCUCUGGCCCGACCCACAGCUUCACAGACCGCUCCCACCCAAACUCUGCCACAGUCUUCACUCUUCAGAGCUCCGCCCCCUUCUAAAUUCACUGAGGAGGGGUUUGGCUGGACAGAGCCUGCUGCAGUGGAAGCGUGGCGGCCCGUCCAUCACAAAAACCAGAGCGAGAAAAUAUUACAUCAUCACUCUGACAACAGGUUGGCAGAAGAUGAGAGGAGCAGCUCAAAGCCCCUGCUGCAAGAGAUGGAAAGGUUAAGAGAAGACAAGAAAAUUAUGAGAGGCGAGAUGGAGCGUCUGGAAGGAAGAGUAGAGCUUUUGAGAAAGCAGAUCAAGGAUCAGCAAAACCAAAUAAACAGACAGUGUAUAGAGAGUGAUGAAUUACACAGUGAGCUGAAGAGUUGCAAGGCUGAACUCGGUAUGAGCCAAGACCAGCCUUCAAUUCUAAAAAGGGAGUAUGAAUUACAACGUCAACAUUUGGAGAAAGCGUUACAGGACUCAAAGCAGGAGAUGACCAGACUGCAACAAAAACUAGAGACACAGAAUGUGAUGACCGGUGCUGCACAGGAAGUAGCCUUACUGAGGACCCAAAUACAAGAAGUGAUAUCGGAGAGAGAUGAGCUGAAAAAUCAGCUGAGUGUCCUGAACAGCUCAUUGCUGGAACAGUCUGAGUGUGUGCAGAAACUGCGCACAUACAUUGGCAGCAACAUCACAGAGAAAAGAGAAGAGGAAGAGCUUAGACGACAGAUACAGCAUUUAGAGAAAGAAAAGGAAGCCCUGUCACUAUCAGUCCAGCUGCUGAAUGUUCGAGUGAACGCAGCCAAUGACAUUUUGGCCAUUCAAGAGAAAGAGCUAGGUGAACAGGUGCAGACUGACCCAUUGUAUUCUGGCAGUAAAGCUGGGCAUAUGUUGAGUGUUUGGAGACAAAAGGUCUUCAUGCUGCUUGUUAAACUGCAGACUAGAGAUUUAGAACUUCACAUGGAGAAAACGCAACUACACAACAUGGUUUCCUCUCUACAGCAGCAAGUAGAGUGUUUGCAGUCGCAGAACAGUGUCUUUCAGCACCAACUAGAGGAUAAAACAGCUCAAUUGGAGUUACAGCGUGUACACGCACGGGGAGUACAGCAGCAGUUGGACAGUGCUCUACAGGAGAAUGCUCAGCUGAAAGAGUGCAAUAAGAGCACAGAGGGAUCACUGAAUGAUAUCAGUGAAACGGCGCACAGGGUGAUGUCAGCCGUAGAAAUGAAGGCAGGUCAGAUGGAAGCAGCUCAGUCCAGUGUAAGUCAGCUGAACCAGAGACUCGCUUUUGCUGCCAAACGUCUGGACACCGUACAUGGGCUGCUGUUGAGGAAAGAAGCUCUUUGGAGAACCAAGAAAGCUACAAGAUCUCCAGAGCCAGCAUUGUCAGAGAGAUUGGUAGUUUUGCGACAGGUUCAGAGGCAGGUGGAGAGAGAGAAAGACCAGAUGAAAGCCGUAGAGAAAGAGAGAACCGAACACACACACAAACGGAUCACACAUCUGCAGAAACAGCUGAAAGAAAAGGACAAAGACUGCAACCUUCUCCUGGCAGUGGUUCAGGAACAGGGUUUGAUGAAUGAAUAUAAAAUACUGAGAAGAUCAGCAAUUCGGACAACUGAGGCCCUUAAACAAAAGCAUCAUCCUCAGUCUGAGAGCAGCAAUCCUUCAACACCUGAAAGUCUGCUGGGGGCACUGCAGGCUCUUAGUGCUGCAGUAAUGGGCAGCUCAGAGGAAGAGGAUGAUGAGGAGGUUCAGGCCUUCACUGUGACACUAACACCCUCUUGUGCUGACACACAUAAAGCAUAGGGCUGAACACACCAAUCAAUUCUC